GUGAGGGAGAGAGAAGAAGGGUAUUAAAGCAGGUGCAUUUCUGAUAAUAUGGACUUGCAGCGAUGGCUUUCUACAAAGUGAUCUGUGUGGCAACUCUGCUGACUCUCCUGACACAAGAGUCUCACUCACAAGUAAGUGUCUGUGGUCGACCUACACUCAACACCAAGAUUGUUGGAGGACAGGUGGCCACUCCAGGCAGCUGGCCCUGGCAGGCCAGUCUACGAACCUCUGGUGCCCACUUCUGUGCAGGAACCCUCAUUAACAAUCAAUGGGUGAUGACUGCUGCUCAGUGCUGCGCAAGAUCAGGCGUAAGCACAAGAACUCUGACUGUGUAUCUGGGUCUCCAGAGUCUAAAGGGAUCAAACCCCAAUCAAGUGUCUCGGACAGUAUCCCAGAUCAUCAUUCAUCCCAACUUUAACUCUGGAACUUUUAACAACGACAUCUGCCUCCUGAAGCUCUCCUCACCGGUGACUUUCACCACCUACAUUCAGCCCGUCUGUCUUGCAGCCACAGGCAGCACCUUCUACAAGGGGACUCUCUCCUGGUCCACCGGCUGGGGCAGUAUUGCAACUGGAGUGUCCCUUCCUUUCCCACAAAACCUAAUGGAGGUGCAGCUGCCGAUUGUAGGAAACAGAGAGUGUACCUGUAACUACGGAGUGAGCUUGAUCACAAACAACAAGAUGUGCACUGGGUUCAGUGCUGGAGGAAAGGACGUCUGUCAGGGGGAUGGAGGAGGUCCGCUGGUGAGCAAGCAGGGCGGUCGCUGGAUCCAGUCGGGAAUCGUGAGUUUUACCAGUAGUAAGGGCUGUGCCCAGCCUAAUAUCCCAUCAGGCUACACCCGGGUGUCCCAGUAUCAGUCCUGGAUCAACAGCCAGAUCACCAGCAACCAGCCAGGCUUCAUCACCUUUAAAUCCACUGGGACCGACGGUGACCUCAGCAUAAGCUGUCCUGCCACGCCACCCCCAGCAGCCCAAGUUUGUGGUCAGCCAACACUCAACACCAGGAUUGUUGGAGGACAGGUGGCCUCUGCAGGCAGCUGGCCCUGGCAGGCCAGUCUGCAAACCUCUGGCUCCCACUUCUGCGCAGGAACCCUCAUUAACAAUGACUGGGUGCUGACUGCUGCUCAAUGCUGCUCAAGAUCAGGCGUAAGCACAAGCUCUCUGACUGUGUCUCUGGGUCUCCAGAGUCUACAGGGAUCAAACCCCAAUCAAGUGUCUCGGACAGUAUCACAGAUCAUCAUUCAUCCCAACUUUAACUCUGGAACUUUUGAAAACGACAUCUGCCUCCUGAAGCUCUCCUCACCCGUGACUUUCACCACCUACAUUCAGCCCGUCUGUCUGGCAGCCACAGGCAGCACCUUCUACAAGGGGACUGUCUCCUGGUCCACCGGCUGGGGCAAUGUUGGAACUGGAGUGUCCCUUCCUUUCCCACAAAACCUAAUGGAGGUGCAGCUGCCGAUUGUAGGAAACAGAGAGUGUACCUGUAACUACGGAGUGAGCUUGAUCACAAACAACAAGAUGUGCACUGGGUUCAUUGCUGGAGGAAAGGACGUCUGUCAGGGGGAUGGAGGAGGUCCGCUGGUGAGCAAGCAAGGCGGUCGCUGGAUCCAGUCGGGAAUCACUAGUUUUACCAGUAGUAAGGGCUGUGCCCAGCCUAAUAUCCCAUCAGGCUACACCCGGGUGUCCCAGUAUCAGUCCUGGAUCAACAGCCAGAUCACCAGCAACCAGCCAGGCUUCAUCACCUUUACCUCCGCUGGGACCGACGGUGACCUCAGCAUAAGCUGUCCUGCCACCCCACCCCCAGCAGCUCAAGUGUGUGGUCAGCCAACACUCAACACCAAGAUUGUUGGAGGACAGGUGGCCUCUGCAGGCAGCUGGCCCUGGCAGGCCAGUCUGCAAACCUCUACAGGGUUCCACUUCUGUGGAGGAACCCUCAUUAACAACGACUGGGUGCUGACUGCUGCUCACUGCUGUGCAAGCACAGUCAUAACUACGAGCACUCUAGUUGUGUCUCUGGGUCUCCAGAGUCUACAGGGAUCAAACCCCAAUAAAGCGUCUCGGACAGUAUCACAGAUCAUCAUUCAUCCCAACUAUAACGCCACAAUUCUGGAAAACGACAUCUGCCUCCUGAAGCUCUCCUCACCGGUGGCUUUCACCACCUACAUCCAGCCCGUCUGUCUGGCAGCUCCAGGCAGCACCUUCUACAAGGGGACUCUCUCCUGGGCCACCGGCUGGGGUAGAAUUGGAACUGGAGUGUCCCUUCCAUCCCCGGGUAACCUCAUGGAGGUGCAGCUGCCGAUUGUGGGUAACAGAGAGUGUAGCUGUACCUUUGGACCGAGCAUCAUCACAAGCAACAAGAUGUGCUCCGGGUUCAGUGCUGGAGGGAUGGACACCUGUCAGGGGGAUUCAGGAGGUCCGCUGAUCAACAAACAGGGCGGUCGCUGGAUCCAGGGGGGAAUCGUGAGUUUUACCAGUAGUAGAGGCUGUGCCGUGCCGAAUAUCCCAUCAGGCUACACCCGAGUGUCCCAGUAUCAGUCCUGGAUCAACAGCCAGAUCACCAGCAACCAACCAGGCUACUACACCUACACGUCCACUGGGAUGACGGUGACCUCACGUUACCUGUACACCACCAAAAAACACACCCUAACGGUGAUCUGGCGGUGAGCAGAGCGGCUCUUGGUUCCAGGCAGCGGUGUUGUUAGUUGGAAACAAUCAACAACGCCACCUUCCUGGCUCAGACACCAACACCACCAACACCACCAACACCACCAGCACCAGCACAGCUGACGGCAACAUACCAACUACCAGCGGGGGCGCUCCUGCUCUCUCCCCCUUCUUCUUCAAAUUGCUCAUCUUUGGAUGGAAACUGCUUUCUCUCUAAAAUGAAGGGUGUAAUUUAUGGGCGUAAAAUCGAUAAAUUAAUGAAAAUGAAUUGUUUAAGCAGCACCGAACAAAUGUAGGUAUAUGUAGCCUGGCGUACCAACGUGUCAAGGUUUUUGAAGGAUCCAGUUGUUACACAAAGACAAGAUGAUGAUUUGUCAUUUACCUAAAACUUCCCCUUCAAAUAACUGAAAACAGGAUGGUGUGUAUUGAUUACAUUGCAGGUAUAUUAAACUCUUGCUGUCAUGGAAUUUCCUACAGUCGUUGACAAAUGGAUUUAAAAACUUAAGGAGCAUAUUUUAGAGGUCAGAGGAACACAUGUCAUCAUCUACCUAUCUGAGCUAGUGUACCUUAAUGUACAAUUAUAUCUAAAGUGAACAAGCAGCUUUUGCUCUAAAAAAUACUUAAACUGAACUUUACAUUGAUAAUAAUUUAGUUUGAAAGAUAAAUGUCAAUAUUAAGUCUUGUCAAGUUUUGCCGUGGCAACAACUGUCCUGUAGAUGUGAAAGUGCUGAACUAUUAACCCCUUUGAUUUUUUUUAUCACAGUAACCUGGUUUUUAAUUAAGGGAAAUCCUUUCUUUCGGCUUUGAGCACAUGUAUGAACUCAUGCAGUCUAAUCUAAAUGUCCUGCAGUAAAUCCUCAUUCAUGAUGGUUAUAAUCUGUUUCUGUUGAAACUGUUUUAGAGAUGUGCUGAUUCAACUGUAUGGUCAUUCUGGAGGCUGAGGUUGUGUUUCUUAGCCACAUGCAUGUAUCAAAAUAAAACAAAUUGAACAUUUUUUGCAACA